CCUAUAGUAUCAACCCGAAGAAUGCCCAGUAGGAUCGAAUUUAACAUUUCUUGUUUUGCAUUGUUAGCCCAUCAACUUUUGAAACCAAAUUCAUUUUCACGAGAAAGCCUGGUGUGAUAUUACAUCGGGGAAUACGCAUUCUAUGUCAAUGACGGUGUGUUAUAUGACAAGCUCCACCCGCUUUACCUAACUUCGCCCUUGGGUGAACCGUUUGCUUCAUCAAACAUCCUGCUUCGUCAUACACAAUGAUACAUGGUGGUUUUGCUUAUCAAAUAGUGCUUAUCUCAACAUUCCGCCUCCCGCCUCAUUGAUGCGCCCAUAUCCCUUCACAGUUCGCCGUUGUGAGACGUUAACGACAUUUAAAGUGUGUUUCUCUCUGACGUCUAAAGACUAAACGUUAGAUUUUUUUUUCUGGCUUUUCUUUUUGACUCUGCCAUAAGCACGCCAAUUCGGAAAGGCGUAAAGUACCGUUGUGGUUUUUUGUCAUACCAAACAAUCUUUUCCGUCCGGAUUUUCUUGCGCUUUGUUUAAUGUGAGUGUUUAACUGGUAAACCCCUGAUCCGGUUUCAACGACAGUAACUCUCAGUUUUGACGACGAUGAACCGGGAUCGGCCAUUAAAGAUAACAGUUGUCGGUGACGGUACUGUGGGCAAAACUUGCAUUCUCAUUGUAUACACCAAGAAUAUAUUCCCUGUGCAAUAUGUUCCAACUGUAUUCGACAACUUUUCGGACACCAUUGAAGUAGACGGAAAAUCGUACAAUGUUUCUCUUUGGGAUACUGCUGGCCAGGAAGACUACGAAAGACUGCGCAUUCUCUCCUAUCCUAAUACCGACGUGUUCCUAUUGUGCUACGCUGUCAAUAAUCGGACGUCAUUUAACCAUGUCUCAACCAAAUGGGUCCCAGAAUUGAGGCAUCACUGUCCUCAUGCACCCAUCGUUGUUGUUGGAGCAAAAAUGGAUGUCCGGAAAGAGGAAUCGACUAACGAGGACUGUGUUUCUUAUGCUGAAGGUCUCAAGAUGAGCAAGAAAAUUGGCGUGUUCCUCGAGUGCUCCGCCAAAACGGGGGAGAAUUUGAGACUGGUCUUCCAACAGGCCGUUCGGGCAGCUCUAAACAAACCAAAACCUAAAAUGAGAAAUUGCAGUCUGCUCUAAUCCGACGAUGUGCAGGCGAAAUAACAGACAAAUUCACGCAGAGUUAACCGGUCAAAUAAUAGAUAAAUAUAUUUCAAUUCCAAAUUUGUCCAACUUUUUGUGGCACUCUCUGAUUGACUUUGCAUUACAGUUGUUAAGAAAAAUU